AUGCCUCAUACCUUGGUCUCCGGGUCAGUACCUCAAAGGUCUUCCUCCUGUUUGAGAGACUGGAGGUGUGCAGACGCGACCGAAAAUGUUGUGAGUGUUGCGCGGGAGCGCUACGCUUGGAUACAGGAUUCAGCUAGUUCUGCUGGCAAAAUUCAGCCCCUCUUUUGGGUUGUUACGGCUUGACUCUUAGAGUGUUGGCAAACUCAAGGGCAGACAGUCUCUGUCCACAUAUUCAAUUGGUCCGUCGGCAUGUCUACACACAUCCGGGCUCUGGCUAAUACCGAGAAGGGUGGUCAAAAUAAAGAUGAGGUAAAGUGGUCCGACAUUUACAGAAAACCCAACUUUGCGUCUAGCCAGAGCGCGUCCUCAUUGCUUAUUUAUAAGGGCAUUCUGUGGGAUGGGGCUCCAGUGGUGCCCCGGAGCAGCUUCACAGUUGAGGUGUAA